AUGAGUGAAGCUCAACGAAGUGCACUGAAUGCCCUUCUUUUCCGCACUGGUGACCAGUCCAAGGACAUAGUCCUUGCUCUUGCCACAAACCGCCCUGGUGAUCUUGAUUCAGCUGUUGCAGACCGUAUAGAUGAAAUCCUUGAAUUCCCUUUACCUAAGACAGAGGAACGCUUUAAGCUGAUCAAGCUUUAUCUGGACAAGUAUAUAGCUCAGGCUGGAUCAAAAAAUCCGGUGAACUUGUUCAAAAGACAACCACAGAAGAUAGAAAUAAAGGGAUUGACUGACGAUGUCUUAAAGGAAGCAGCCGAAAAAACUGAGGGAUUUUCUGGGAGAGAAAUAGCAAAAUUGAUGGCAGGUGUCCAAGCAGCAGUUUAUGGAAGUCAGAAUUGUGUGCUUGACCCAAGCCUGUUCAGAGAAGUGGUAGAUUAUAAAGUUGCAGAACAUCAACAAAGGAAUAAACUGGCUUCAAAAUCCGAUGAAAAAAGUGCCUAA